AUGCCGCGGGUUCAACCAUACAAAUACCAUCCAUCAUAUCGCCCAUUCCCAAGCACAUACGCAGCACCAGAUCUACGCUCAGGCUUUAGCCCAGCCUCGCAAUCCGUGUCAGUGGUGGUCAGAAACCUACCGGCGACCGAAAACAACUCCGAGAGCAGCGGGGAGACACCAGAAGAAAGCAGCGGGGGGAUUAUCACAGAGAGCGAUCUAUACUAUGCGCCAAUGCCCGUGGCAGGCCAACCCAGCGAAGGAGAUGACGCAGUCCUGAUGUUAGGAUCAAACCCACGAGGGACGAAGCGGGUCCAUAAGGCUGAUGCUGAUCUGGAUGUCGACAAUUUACGACAACACCGACGCUUAACGACCAAAGAGGAAGUGGCACUUUUUGAAAUCUGCAACCAGAAUGCAGACACCUUUGGCAGCCGUAGCAAUCUGUGCAAGUGGUGGAUAUCUGUCGCUGAUGAGUUCAAGCGCACCCAUGAUGGCCGCUCAUAUUCGUGGCACUCGGUCCGGCGCAAAGUGGAAAUGGUCACGAGACAGCGUAUCAAAUCCCUUGAGGACCAGCGGCAGCGUGGCUCAACCGCCGCUGAGGGUUUGAUGAAUCCGGAAUGGCGUGCUGCUGUCGAUGCUUGGGUUCCGACGUGGCAGCGGUGGGAGGAUGCCGAGAACCAUCGCAUUGCGAAACGCGACGAAAUUCGAAAGCGCAAACAGCCACCACCCAGACGUCAGAAUGAGGGUCGGGGUCAGAGUCAGGUUCGGAAGAGCGGAGAACCAGAACCAUGGCGGAUACACCUUGGGUCUGCUACCAGUCCGACAGAUGUUGGUACUGCGACGAUAGGUCACUCUGCUGCAAGCACCCUUGGUGACUCUCUGCCAGCAGCGAGCCCAACACUUCCUACAUCAAUUCCCACUGUCUCACAACCUGCGCCAUUCCCCGAACAAUCGUCCCCCCCAGUGCCUGCGCCCACCUCCCUCAGGCUACCACCCGGCUUUGAGAACAUGUUCUCAAAUCCUCCAAUGACCGCUCCAACCGCAUCUUAUCCUCCGACCUCUACUACAUCCAAAACCCCAGACACCGACGGCGGCGAGAUAUUCAACGCCGCCGUCCAAACCUUGAACAGGCUCCACAAUCACUUCGACGGAAAGGAUCUCGACACGCAAAGAAUACCACCAUUUUUCCACGCUGUAGCUAAAGCUGCACCGGAAAAAGCUAACCGGAACCGCUCCUCUCAGCUACCACUGCCGCGGCAGUCGCAGUCGUCACCACAUAGUCCUCCUCCAAUUGAUAUCGAACAGAUGAAAGAGGAGCUUCGGCAGGAGAUGAGGGUUGAGAUUCGCCGUGAACUGGAACGGGAUCGAGCUGCUCUGGAAGACAAGUUGGAUUCUGUGCAAAGGACCCAGGAGAUGAUUCUUGAGAUGUUGAGACAGGAACCUGCUUGA